UUGAUGUAAGAGCAAAUGUCAACUGCCUUUUUAAAUCAUUUCCCACCCAUUUUUUUGAUAUUCCUGUUUUUUGCAACUUACUAUAUCUAUACGUAUCAUUAUUGUUUUUGUAUUGUAAAAUCGGUUCAAUUGAGAAUUAUAUUUAUGGUUUUCUUAAACGUUUUCGCGAUUAUGUUUUUAUGGUCAUUUUUUGCGACGAUGUGUUCAUCUGUUGGAAAAGUCCCUCUGGAAUACAAGUUUAGCAACAACAAACACAGAAAUUUAAUAAAUUCGAGAACAGAAGAUGAAAAAGAUGACAUUCUAGAGACUUUCUGCGAGGAUCAUAAUUUGCUUUUAUAUACUUGCACGCCUACAGGGAGUAUAAGAUACUGUGUAAGAUGUAUGCACAUUAAACCUGAUAGAACGCAUCACUGUAGUACUUGCGAUACUUGUUAUUUGAAAAUGGAUCAUCACUGCCCAUGGGUUAAUAAUUGCAUUGGAUUUUUAAAUUAUAAAAACUUUUUGUUAACAAUAUUUUACACAUAUAAUUAUUGUUUCUAUUAUAUUGGAACAACUACCAGCCAUUUGAAGCAAAGUUUUUAUGGAAUGAAUGUUGCAACGGAUGUUCCAAUAACAGCAGCGUAUGGUUUGGCAGUAAUAAUGGGCCUGGUAACUUUCAUGUUUUUCUGGUACCAUUUUUAUUUAUUAUCUAAAAAUGAGACGACAUUGGAGAACAUACACCCACCUAGUUUCAUAGAGGACGAUUUGACCUUUGAUUUAGGAACUUGCCAAAAUAUAAUAGAAGUAUUUGGACAGAAAUGUUACUUGUGGUUCUUACCAGUUUUCAGUUCAGUGAGCAGUGGACAUAUUUUUAUUAUAUCUAGAGAAAUAAGGAACGAAUAUAACAAUUAAAUAUUAUGUGACAAUAAACUUUAUUAUUCUAC